UCACCUGAAUCAUAAACGCUUAGUAUAUAUUUAAUUUUUGUUUGGACGGAUUUCACAGUUUGGCUUCGACUUCAGCAUCAGAAAGUGACUGUGUAAAAAAUAUAAGGCAUCAUGUCUGUUAUUCCAAUGUUAUACCGGGAUUGGUGGGACGAAGAAGACUGGUUCAAUCGGCCUUCGCGUCUUCUAGAUCAACAGUUUGGGCUUGGUUUGAAGCGCGAUGAUUUACUUAACUCUUUUAGAACCUUUCCAAGAAGUGCCUUGACCAGAAACUACGUCAGACCAUGGAGCACAUCCAGCGUUCUGCAGAGACAAGAAUCUGGAUCAACCAUUCAGCAGGACAAGGAUAAAUUCCAGAAAGCCGAAAUAACAGAAGUGCAAACUAACCAAGGACCUAGAGCCAACACUAGCAUACGCCGAUCAAAAGGUUGCUUUGAGGUCAUCUUGGAUGUCCAGCAAUUUGCUCCCAAUGAAAUCACCGUUAAAACAACUGGCAACAGCAUCAUCGUAGAAGGAAAGCAUGAAGAGAAACAAGAUGAACAUGGUUUCAUUUCCAGGCAUUUUGUCAGAAGAUACGUCCUGCCUUCUGAUAAUGAUAUCGAAGAAGUCGUUUCGUCUCUAUCUUCAGAUGGAAUUUUGACUGUUACUGCCCCCAAGAAAUCAGACAAACCCAAGAAUACGGACAGAGUUGUUCCAAUCCAGCAAACUGGACCAGCCAAAUCUACAGUGACUUCUUCAACACCUGAACCCAAAGUUGAACAUCCGACUAACUAAAAUUUACGUACCUAAUUUUUUUGAAAUGUAAUAUGUUGUGUAUAUAAUGUGGUUUACUUAAAUAUAUUUUUUAACACUUA